GCCUGCUCCUUCCUCAUUCGCCGCAGUGGCGUAGUGGCGGCGGCCCUGAGGGUGCACUUGGACGCACACACGCACGCAGGGCACUCGAUCCGGGCCUGGAGCCUCACUUUGGGGGAGGAUUUCAGAAUAAUUCGCUUUUUAUUGACAAGUUCCAAUGCGGACGCAAAGAGAAGACGCCUUACAAGUUUGGAGAGUUACGAUUUCCUCAGCACCAGCCCUGACCUGGACUCCCACUAAUACCUCCAACCAUGACUCACCGCUCUCAGAGUUCUUCCAUUGGUGACAACCCCCUGGACCCAAAUUACCUGCCUCCGCACUACAAGGAGGAAUACCGCCUUGCCAUUGAUGCACUGAUCGAAAAUGAUUUAUCGGGCUACUACGAGUUCCUCCAGGGAGCUGACGUGGUCAGCUUUCUGGCACAAGCUGAAAUUGAGCACAUCAAAUCCACGAUCCAGGAGCCCACUCACGCCCACAGCGUUCCCGACCUGAGGUACCCAGAGGCGGGCCACAAUGUGGAGGGCUCGUCCGACACCUACUGGCCCAUGCAGUCCGACCUGGCCGCUCCGGGCCUAGACCUCGGAUGGCCACUGACUCAGAACAGCUUCAUCGGACCCACGGAGGUCACCACUCUGGUCAACCCGUCGGAGCCAAACAUGCCAAGUAUCAAGGAGCAGGCCAGGAGACUCAUCAAGAAUGCUCGGCAGGUCAUUGCGGUGGUGAUGGACACGUUUACCGACGUGGAUAUUUUUGCCGACCUCUUGGAUGCGACAGCUCGCCACAUUCCUGUUUACAUUCUUCUAGACGAGGAGGAAGCUCAGAACUUUGUCUCCAUGGUGAUCAACUGCAAGGUCAACUUGGACUUAAUUCAGAUGAUGCGAGUCAGGACCGUGGCGGGAAUAACGUAUCAAUCCCGAACGGGGAAGUCAUUCAAGGGGCAAAUGAAAGAUCGUUUCCUAUUGGCUGAUUGCAGAGCUGUGCUGAGUGGUAAUUAUAGCUUCAUGUGGUCAUAUGAGAAAAUCCAUCGCUGCAUCGCGCACCUUUUUCUGGGUGAACUGGUGGCCACGUUCGACGAAGAGUUUCGCAUCCUCUACGCUCAGUCCGAGCCCCUCGUCAUCGACCCAUCGGACGGAACGCUGGCAGUCCCGGACACCGGCGCUUACUUAAGCAUGCAGUUGGGUUUAAAGAGGACCCAGUCCUUACGGAACCCUCUAGGCUUCCGGAGGCAAUCCGAGAUAACCUCCAGCUUCUCAUACGGAGAUCAGGAACGCAACCUGGGACUUCCAUUCCGACGAAACGACCCCUUUCGUCACACCAUUGAGCACGGGGCGGCGAUCGUGAUGGGGAAGUAUUCCCAGCAGCAGUUUCGUCCCCAGCAGUCCUACUUGGAGCAGGGACGGUCUAUCGUGUCCCGGCAGAUAGAGAUGAGCGGCUUCAAGAGGCACAGCUACGCCGAAGGCACCCAGGACAACUACAUGUCCUCCAGGCACUACAUGAAGCACAGAGUCAUGAACAAUCUGGACGAGACAGACUUCAACAGGGAACCCAGACACCAUUUCUACAGCGAAGGUCCCGGCCCAGGUUCUGGCCACGGACACUUUGACAGACAUCGUCCGCAGCAUCUAUCCAUCGACCAGUAUUCAGACUCGAGUUCCUUUCGCUCAGACCUCGAGUUCAGUGGCGGAAACUAUGCGAGAGGCAAUGCACAUCUUUCCUCUGACAAUUUAAGCGGACCCGACGGGAUUCACGCACCUCCAGUAGCCGGGAGGUAUGGAGGAACCACUGCCCAGAAGAGGCCAACCAUUGGUCAGGCGUAUGCUUGUCAGAGCUCGCCCACGCAUCCUCACCCGCUAGACAAGAAGUCCUUUCCAAAGCACUCAGAUCAGGAGCACGGGGAGGACGCAAGCGUGCGACACGGCUUGCGCAACUGGCGGAUCCACUCGUAUCUGAGCACAUACGAGGAAGGCGGAGAAGAUGGGCUCAAUCAACCCGCCGGGCCGGACGCCUUUGAAGAUCCUCCACCUGCUCAGGAGCCCGGUGAAUGUUCAGCCGCCCGCUUUGGGCUAAAGGAGCCACUGAACGUUGCUUCCAAUCCCAGAGUGGAUUUCAAAAAACCUCGCUUUGGGAAGCCCGUCGUCCCUGACGGCACCGGCAAGGAGGUGACCACCAAGGACCUGCUUCCGUCAUUUUUGCUGGAUAGAAAUGAGAAGGAAGCGGAGAAAGACCGGGAGCGAGAGGCGAGGUGGGGUUCUGAAAAAGACGACAGCAGGGAAAGAGAAGCCAAAGAGCACUCAGAACUCUUCCUUUCCAAACACGACUCGUUCCGCUCACGGAUCAACCCGCUCCUGCAGCGGAGCUCACGUCUGCGCUCCUCACUCAUAUUCUCAUCUUCCAAAGCUGAAAUGCAUAGCGGGAGCACCGCUGCUGCCACGGAGGAUGAGGGCAAAUCCUCCAUUGUAGCCCAGAUAUUAGAGAAGAGGCGAUCGUUGUCUCGGGAACCUUUCGAGUGGAAAAAGAUGGCUGAGGAGAAGGAACAAGACAAAAGUGAGACUGCAAAGGAAAGUGAAAAAGGAAUGAAAGACAUAGCAGAAAGCAAAGAUGAACCUCAGCAGCACCUGGCAACCGUUGACACCUCUGACGCUGUCACCUCAUCUCUCAACUUUAACGACCCGGCGAAUCGACUCAAGUAUUUCAAAGAUGUAGCUGCUAAGCGGAAAGCAUCCAGAAUGGAGACUGAAGCGCCGCUGAAGGUCCCAGAAUCAGCAGAGAAGAAGGCGGACUAUCCUGACAAUCCCCCCCCCACAAACACUACAGCCGGUGCUGCGAGUAGCUCGACAGAAUCCGAGACCAAGAAACCGGAUGCAUUGGGAAAACAAUCAGAACUCACUCGGCGAGCUUCGCUUACAUCCUCCAAGCCGUCUCUGCUCUCGCCCAAGCCUUUCGUAAGUAGCGUUAAGCCCCCCGAAAGCCACAAGGACGAGAGCUCGUCCGACGGCCAAAAGAAAGACCUCUUCAAGACUUUGAAGCCCCUCCCGUCCCCAAAGAUCUUCAAACGGGACCAGCUCAAGUUUAAGGUACUCAAUCCUCGCAGGGUCUCCUGUGGCGAGGAGAUCCUCACGGACGCGACAGACUCCGAGAAGAGCGAGAUGAAGAAGAGUCGCUCUCAAAGUUCCUCCACUCUGCCACACGAUGAGUCCAAGGAGAAGGUGAUGGGUUCCAACACAUCCAUCAACACGCUCGGCGAAGGGAAGGGCGACGGCAAAACGUUGGACUUCCUAAAGAAACAGACUCAGAGGCUCAAGGGAUUCUUGGGUCCCAGGGAUAAGGAGAAGAAGUCCUCGGGAGAAGAUCGGGGCAGCAUGAGCACCGUCAAGGAAAUGGUCGAAGAUUACAACAAGAAGCAAAGUAAAGACACGGAGGGAUCGGCCUCAGCCGCCGCCGAUGACCAGCCCACGGCAAACCACAGGACGUCGCCUGGCACAUCGGGUUCAUCGCGCUACCAGCCCUCGGGGAGCUCUGUGCUGUUCAGCAGCAACCUCCGUGACGACACAAAGGUCAUCCUGGAGCAGAUCUCGGCUAACACCCAGAAGAACCGACACGAGCGGGGUGAGGACGGAGAUCGCGACGCAAAGGACAACGACUUCUCGGCCAAGAAAAAUCGCUUUCUGAGACCACAAGGCGGCAUACAGGAGAGGGAGGGACUUCUCAAGAGGAUAGAGAGCCUAAGAAAGGAGAAGAAGGUCUACAGCCGCUUUGAGAUGGGAAAUACACUGGGAUAGCUGAAAAAAGAAGGUGCCUGCUUGAGGACGACGUGGGAAUCGACUAACGCGCCACCAUCAAGUGCCAACAACACGCAAGCGUUGCUCCAACACAGUCACCUCUGCUAACCCGGAAGAACGCUUGGAAAAAAAAAAAGUAAAGACGGAUGCAGAAUGUGCCAGUUUGCCAAACACCGCUACAA